GCACGGGCGGGCUGACUGCGGGCCGGGCUGGCCUCUCCUCGCGGAGGGAAGGCGGGAGGGCGCGCGCUGAGCCGCCCGCUCGCUCCUUUGCUCGCUCGCUCCCUCCCUCCCUCCCUCCCUCCCUCCCUCCUCCUGUGGGCUAGUCAGUCCGCCGGCAGCCGGCGGGCCCGCGAGCCGCAGAGGACCCGCGCCUCGGACACCGCCAACCCUCCUGCCAUUGUUCAUCGGGUGGCUGCAGCGGCGGGCUCUGGAGCCCGGGCCCCGGCAACAUCAUGACAACAGAGAAGAGUUUAGUGACUGAAGCUGAAAAUUCACCACACAAGCAACAGAAGGAGGAAGGUGAGGGAGCCACAAACCCAGGCCAACAAGAAACUCAGCUGGAAGAGGUGUCUCAAGUGGCAGCUGAGGGAGAUAACCAGUGUGAGCAGAAGCUGAAGACAUCUAAUGGAGACACUCCUACACAUGAAGACUUGAUAAAAAACAAGGACCGGGCAUCAGAAAGCAGGGGCCUAUCACGGCUAUUCUCCUCAUUUCUCAAAAGACCUAAGUCCCAGGUCUCUGAGGAAGAAGGCAAAGAAAUAGAGUUAGCUAAAGAGAAAGGAGAAGAAGGUCAGAAAGAGAUUGAAUUUGGAACCAGUCUUGAUGAGAUCAUUUUAAAGGCCCCAAUUGCAGCUCCUGAACCUGAACUCAAGACAGACCCAUCCUUGGAUCUUCACUCAUUAAGUAGUGCAGAAACACAGCCUGCUCAAGAAGAACACAGAGAAGAUCCAGAUUUUGAAACUAAGGAAGAAGGAGGACGUGAAGAGUGCUCCAAAAUAGAAGUAAAAGAAGAAAACCUUGAAUCAAAAGCAGAAAGAGAAUCAAAAGCUUCCCAGAAACCAAUCAGAAGACACAGAAACAUGCAUUGCAAGGUUUCUUUGUUGGAUGACACAGUUUAUGAAUGUGUUGUGGAGAAACAUGCUAAGGGACAAGAUUUGCUUAAACGAGUGUGUGAGCACCUUAAUCUUUUGGAAGAAGACUACUUUGGUCUAGCCAUUUGGGAUAAUGCAACCUCGAAGACAUGGCUGGAUUCUGCCAAAGAAAUAAAAAAGCAGGUUCAUGGUGUCCCUUGGAAUUUUACAUUUAAUGUAAAGUUUUAUCCACCUGACCCAGCCCAGUUAACAGAAGAUAUAACCAGAUACUAUUUAUGUCUUCAACUUCGGCAGGACAUAGUUACAGGCCGUCUGCCCUGUUCCUUUGCAACCUUAGCAUUGUUGGGUUCUUAUACCAUCCAGUCUGAGCUGGGAGACUAUGAUCCAGAACUCCAUGGUGCUGACUAUGUCAGUGAUUUUAAACUGGCCCCAAAUCAGACCAAGGAACUUGAAGAGAAAGUCAUGGAACUGCAUAAGUCAUACAGGUCCAUGACUCCAGCUCAGGCUGACUUGGAAUUUCUUGAGAAUGCCAAAAAGUUGUCUAUGUAUGGUGUUGACCUUCAUAAAGCAAAGGACUUGGAGGGAGUGGAUAUCAUCCUAGGUGUCUGCUCUAGUGGCCUUCUGGUUUACAAAGAUAAGCUGAGAAUUAACCGUUUUCCUUGGCCCAAAGUACUAAAGAUUUCUUAUAAACGUAGCAGCUUUUUCAUCAAGAUUCGACCUGGAGAGCAAGAACAAUAUGAAAGUACCAUUGGAUUCAAACUUCCCAGUUACCGAGCAGCUAAGAAGUUAUGGAAAGUCUGUGUAGAGCAUCACACAUUUUUCAGACUGACAUCUACAGACACCAUUCCUAAAAGCAAAUUCCUUGCACUGGGAUCAAAAUUUCGAUAUAGUGGCCGGACUCAGGCUCAGACCAGGCAAGCUAGUGCUCUGAUUGACAGGCCUGCUCCACAUUUUGAGCGUACAGCAAGCAAACGGGCAUCCCGGAGCCUUGAUGGAGCAGCAGCUGUCGAAUCAACAGACCGAAGUCCUCGUCCCACCUCUGCCCCAGCCAUUGCUCAGAGUCAGGUCACUGAAGGAGGUGUUCCAGGGGCACCUGUCAAAAAACCAUUGACUUCUAAAACACAGAAGGAAACAGUGCAGGUUGAAGUGAAACAGGAAGAAGUACCACCUGAGCAAGCUGAACCAGAGCCCACAGAGUCAUGGAAGAAGCCUGCAGAAAAGUCUGAAGAUCUGAUAAGAAUGAGGAAGAAAAAGAGAGAAAGACUAGAUGGUGAAAACAUUUAUAUCAGACAUAGCAAUUUAAUGUUGGAGGAUUUAGACAAAAGUCAAGAAGAGAUCAAAAAACACCAUGCCAGCAUAAGUGAGCUGAAAAAGAACUUCAUGGAGUCUGUACCAGAACCACGGCCUAGUGAGUGGGAUAAACGCUUAUCCACUCACUCCCCCUUCAGAGCACUUAACAUCAAUGGGCAGGUCCCCACAGGAGAAGGAAAUAUAAAUGGCAUUCGCACAGAGGAGGCGGCUGCCUUGACAAAGGGACCAUCUACCAGCUCUGAGUCUGAAUGGGAGGGCCCCAAGCAUUCAGUGAUCCCUAGUAAGAGCCAAAUGACCGCCCCGUCGGGACCUCCACAAAGCUUUGAUUUUGGUUCCUUCUCCAUAAGCGGCAAGGAGACAGAAGAGAAGGAGCAGGGGGCAGCCGGCUCUGUUGAUACUAAGGAAAUGCUAAGCAGCCCCAGUGGGGAAUGCGUAGGAGUGGAGGAACAGGCCAGAGCCUUAAAGUGCUGGGUAACACCAGCUUCCUCUCAGCUGCAACUUGGUGAGAAAAAGUCAGAGAAUAGUGGAGAACAUGUUACACCAGGAGAGCCACUUGGAAAGCAAAACGGAUCAUUUCUUGACUCUCAUGUGGGGGACCCAUUCCCCACCCUCAUUCGAAGUUUCCAGCCUCCUCUGGUGAAGACUCAGACUGUCACCAUUUCAGAUACUGCCAAUGCUGCAAAAAGUGAAAUCCCAACCAAAGACGUCCCCAUUGUCCACACUGAGACCAAGACCAUCACCUAUGAGGCUGCCCAGACUGAUGACAGCAGUGGGGACUUGGACCCUGGAGUCUUGCUGACAGCUCAAACCAUCACAUCUGAAACCACAAGCAGCACCACUACAACUCAGAUUACCAAGACUGUAAAGGGGGGGAUUUCAGAGACCCGGAUUGAAAAGAGAAUCGUGAUCACAGGAGAUGCUGAUGUCGACCACGAUCAGGUCCUUGUACAGGCCAUCAAGGAAGCAAAAGAACAACAUCCAGACAUGUCAGUGACCAAGGUGGUCGUCCAUCAGGAGACUGAAAUCUCUGAGGAAUGAGCUCAGGAAACUGCCCCACUCCAGACUCCCUGCUUGCCUCCCAUUCAAGGAAAAAACCAGCAGAAUGAUAAAGAAGCCGACCUGCUUCAGUAGGACUUUAGACUUUCGAGAUUAUUCUAAACCACCAGGAAAUUCAUUUCACUUUCUAUUUGGAAUUUAUAACGAGAAUCUUCUAGCUAUCACUGAUAAACCUUUUAAGUACUUUUUUCUACAUUGUGAUACCAGAAUUUGUUCAAUUUUUCAAUCUAUAUGGACUGUUUUGAAGAGCUUUUUUUUUUUUUUUAAAUAGGGUGGUUUGUAACCCUUUCGGUUGCGUGUCUCCUCAUUUGUUUUCAACCCAGAUACUGCAGAGUCCACAGAAUUACUUGGAAAAUAUUUCAAAAACUCUGUUGGGAGCCAAAACUAGCUUACAGAGCUUCCCUGCUCCUCCCUCAUUUUAUACUCUUUGAAUGAUAGCAGGAACUUUAUGAACCAGCCUUUUCUCAGGGCCAAUGAUGUGGCUUUACCAGCAAUCAGCCAGGGCGGCUACCCUAAUCCACAGACCCCAGAGAAAUGUCCCUUUCCUUUUGUUGAGGGUGGUUUUGGUAAGACAGAGACCUCUACUGAGAAUGUAGUUUCUUCUUCCUGUCCUUUCUUUUCUGAGCUUCUUUCGAUCUAAGACAUAAGGAGUUGCUUCAAAUAUAUCUGAUACUGUGAAUGUUUGAACAUAUCUGUGGCCUUUACCUUCCUGUCCUCCCUCUUCAACUGCCCCGUUACCUCAUCAGAAGCAGCAGCUCUGCUAAGUGCUCCCCCACCUCCCAUCUCAGGAGACCAAAACUCACAGGAAAAAAAAAGGGGGGGACACUUUUGGCUAAAAGCUCUACUGGCACAUUUUCAGUGAUUGUUUGGGCAAGGAAAUUUAAUGACAUUUUCUUUUGUUUUCUUAAGGUUUUCUAGUUCUGGAAAUACGCACUUCACACAGGGAAAUGGUGAACUUUACCUCAAUCAGACACUGCUAAAAAGUAUUUCCAAGAGACCAUCUUUGGGGCUCUUUCUUUAUGCCUGGGAUGAUAGAAUGUGACUCAGAAAGGAGGUUGUACUCCUGGGCCUGUCCUUUCCCAGCCAGCACCUGCCUGCAGACACUCUUCUGCAUCUCUUAGGGGCCAUGCUCCCCUCAGACCACUUGUGACAUGGGUUACACCAGCUACGCUCACUCCCAUUCACCAUCUGAGGUCUGUCAGGUUUUGUAAGCUUGAUUUCGUGGUGGGUUUUGGUUUGUCUGUUUUGGUUUGGUUUUUUUUUGGUUUGGUUUUGAAAAUGAGGACUAAUAUCCCCAUUCCACAAUUCUACAAUAAAGAUGUAGGAUGUUUUUA